AUGCCCAUGGCCAAGAAUGUCACCGGCCCGCAUGGCAACUUCCUGAAGACCAACAGGGAUUAUCGCGAGCUGAUGCUUCGCAGCGGCACUUUCCCGAAGAGGUGGGAGGACACCUACGAUGAGUACGAGAAGAAGGUCGGAGAGUGGUGGACGCAGCCCAAGUGGAAAUGCGGCUUCGGCGUCAAGUGA